AUGAUCAAGGAACCAGCCAGUAAUGAAUCUGCGGGCGAAAAAGUCUUAAGUCCACAGAAGCUCGCGCACGUGGUGUUGCGAUCCUCAGACAAGGAGAGCAUGACCCGUUUCUACGAAACUUUUCUGGGAGGACGAAUAGUCUUCACAAAUGAGGCUCUCUCAUUUAUUACGUACGACGAAGAACACCACCGCAUCGCCAUCCUCCAAGUGCCCGGAACUGAGCCAAAAAACAAGAAGAGUUGCGGUCUGGAGCAUAUUGCGUUCACCUACCCAACGCUAAAAGAUCUUUUCACCGCAUACAGACAACGAAAGGCACACAAAAUACUUCCAAUUUGGUCCGUCAAUCAUGGCGCAACGACAAGUAUUUAUUAUAGGGACCCAGAUGGUAACAUGCUCGAAACACAAGUCGACAACUUCGAUACCAACGAAAAGACCAACAACUUUGCCCUUAGCGGGUAUUUUGCUGAGAACCCCGUUGGCACUGAUAUUGAUCCGGAGGAUAUGAUGAGAAGACUGGAAAAUGGAGAGUCCGAGGAGGUCCUAAAACGCCGGGUAGAGAUUGGACCUCGGAGUGUGCCUGAUCUUGAUGAGAUGUAG